AAGGUACUUUCGGUUUAAACUAGGAUGUGUUAUCAAGUCAUAUGACUUUUCAAAAUACUGAUUUAGUUGCAUGUUUACAAUCAAAUAGAUUAACAAAUAACCAAAUGUGAUGGCUCGAACACUGUGGUCGUAGUAUGGGGAAUUGCUGUGGCACCGAGGAGGAGCAGAAGCCGCUCUUGGUUUCCGGUCGCGUUGGUGUGCGGUCAGGGACGCUCUCGCAGCCUCCGGCCGGUCCCGUGCUCGCCCAGCCCGCCCCUAUUAUCGCAAGAAGUCCCGGCCCUACAUCCGCCAGGCUGCACAAUCCAAUCAAACAGAAGGACUUUGAGAAGUCUAUACAGCUGAUAGCCACGGUGCAGCUGCUGUCACUUCCGCUCACCUCCCUCGACAAGACUUUCCAGGAUCUAGGCCGGCUGUACAACGAAGUUGUGGGUAACUUCCGGUCACUUGAGGAGGAGAUACGCAAGUUCAAGGAAUAUUUCCUGGAGGAAACUUCCGGUAUCCCCGUGCUCGAGGAGUGUGUGGCGCAUCUCGUCAACCGAGUCGGUACGGCCAAAAUAACAGUUGAGCGGAGAUCGAAAACGUUUAUAGAGAUAACUUAUGACAAAGAGGACAUUUCGAAAAACUGCAAAGGAGAGGCGGAUCAGUCACUGCGGCCACUUGAACACUUCUCGCGUGCGUGUCGUCACAUCCGGGAGGUCCUGGAACAUGCACCGCAGGUGGAGCGGAACGUAAAGAUCAUCCUGGCGGACGAGGACCGGCAGGGAAAGGAUAUUAUGAAAUCAGAGCUGUCUGCGGACGCCAUGCAGCGCGCCACUCACGAUUUCCACGAGAACGUGUCCAAACUGCGGGUCGUGGCAGCCGGCACCGACACCAUCAGGAGAGACGUGGAGAAAAAGUUUAAGGAGUUUGCUAAUGCCAGCAAGGGAUUCUUCAAGGAGGAAUCAUAGAAAGCUGUUUAGUUCUGUACUAUAUUUUGUAAAUGCUGCUGCUCUUUGUGAUUAAAAUUCUUUCAUUUCGCUGGUGUCAUCGACAGUCCUCUGUACAGUCAUACGUCGAGAAAAGUGUUGGAGAAAGGGUGGCACAUAUUUUUAGAAACAUUUUUGGGGGGCAACAAAGGACACUUGUGAUUCUCUGCCUUCUGUUGAAAGAUAUGUAGAUUUUUUUUUUGUCAAAUUGUUUUCUUUCAGUAUUGUUUCCAAAAGAAUGAGUCAAAGAAUUGGGUGCUGUGUUGUUUGCAUAAUGGGACUUCGCCAUUUAAUAAAUUGUUUGUAUAAAUGUA